CAGAGGAAGGCAGGGGAGGGACGAGAGAAGGUCUAGCACGGGAGCCCGCUCGUCCAAGGUUGCUGCGGCCGGAGUCGCUGGCGUCGAGAUGCCCGCCGGCGAGGGCAAGGAUCCAGGGUCGUCACGCGCAGAGGAGCAGGAUAUUAAAGGAGAUGAUGAAGAGAAUAAGGGAGGCAUUGAUCAACCCGAGGGCCCAACAGUUGAUAAAGAGAAGAAUGACACAACUGCAAGUCAGAUCUUGAAGAUUGACGAAGAUACAGUGGAUGUCGAAAGCGAACAGUACCACGGGAAUGAUGACCUAACUGAAACCGAUGUGUCCAACGACCUACUUUGUGCUGGAGUAAAAAAUUUGAUUGUGAAGAGCUUUAAAAGGAAGCAAAGACGGACCAUUGUACGAAAGGGGAGCAUAAAGAGACCAAGACUAACUGAAGCGACUUCACAUGAUGAUUUUGGCGAUGCAGUAUGUAAAGCAUAUAGUAGGUGCAGCAUACCAUAUUUCUCCGAGGUCGCGAAUAGCAUUUGCAAGAGCAAGAACAAAGUGGACUUAGUCAGGUCUACUGGUUUUGGUUACAUGCUGGAGUUAGAUGAUUGUCUUGUGCCUAGGCCGUUUGCUCAGUGGAUAGCAGACAAGGUCAUUGUUGACGAUGAAGCAAUUUUCAUCAACAAGAAGCGCAUACCACUGAAUGCACUGGGUGUUCUGCAUGUUUUUGGCAUUCCGGCAGGGGACAUCAACAUUAGCAUGGUCGACGAUGCAGGGAAGUCAGAGUUCCUUGCAUUUUUCGGGUUCACACACUAGUAGAAAAAGGGUCAUCUGUCACGGUU